UAAUUAAUUUUCUUAACCUUUCUAUAUUGAAUGAAAUUCAAGAUUUCUUGAAGUUGUCAGCAUGGAGGAAAUGAGUGAAUUGUAUAAUGGUAAUAAAUAAAUGACAUGGGGGUAUCUUUUAUCCAUCUCUUUUUUUAUUUAUGUAAUAACCCCAUCUGUCUCUCUCUUUCACACAUCCUCUGUUCAGAUGGGUUUAGAGAGAGAAAGUUUGAUAACUGCAUGAACUCCCUCUCUCUCUCUCUCUCUCUCCUCUCAGUCUAUCUAGAAAACAGAACAUCUAUACCAUGGAGAUGGUGAUGAUGACGAUGAUGGUGCAGCUGCAGCACCUGCACACUCGCAUCGGAGUUCCAUUCCAAAUCUCCCCUUCUUCAGAUUAUAGGCAGUUGUGAACAUGUACCAGAAAGUGUAGAGGCCGUGAAUUGAAAUAGGUUUUUGAAGAAAUCAUAGAUAUAAAGAAGAUACAAGUAAGAAAGAUCGAUGGCAACUUACUACAAUGGAAAUUCAGAAAUUCAAGGUGGGGAUGGGUUACAGACACUGGUUCUGAUGAAUCCUGGUUAUGUUAAUUACUCCGACAGCCAACAACCACCGCAACAGCAGUCGUCGCAGCCUGGGAAUUUCAUGUUCCUAAACAAUCAUCAGCACACAUCUUUGUCGCACGCGUCACCACCAACCCCUUCCCAGACUCAACAAUUUGUUGGCAUCCCCCUCUCGGCACAACCACCGGUCUCUAUUCAUCCACAACACGAUAUGUCUGCUCUCCACACCUUCAUCCCAAGAGUUCAGUACAACAUGUACAACCCGGUGGAGAUGGCGGCACCACCACAUGAGGUCACCAGAUUCCAGCAAGGUCUGUCCUUGAGCCUCUCCUCUCAACAAUCGGGGUUUGGAUCUCAGGCUGCCGGAGUACCCACCAUUUCUCACACCACCGGCGAUGAUGGGAGAGCCCCUGGUGGUGGUGGUGGUGGUGGUGGUGGAUCUACACCGUCAGCAUCAGGGGUUUCAAAUGGUGUCAGCAGUAUGCAGAGUGUGCUGUUGAAUUCCAAGUACUUGAAGGCCACCCAAGAUCUUCUUGAAGAAGUGGUGAACGUGGGCAAAGGUGUUUUCAAGAAUUCCGAUCAGUCUAGCAAGAAUCUCAAGACUGUCGGCAACGGUGGUGGUGGUGGUGGUGGAUCACCACCAGCAACUAGAGAAGGGUUGAGCGGUGAAGAAACCAGCGCCAAACAUGGUGAUGGUUCUGAACUUACUACUGCAGAGAGGCAGGAAGUGCAAAUGAAGAAAGCAAAGCUUGUAAACAUGCUUGAUGAGGUGGAGCAGAGGUACCGACAAUAUCAUAACCAGAUGCAAAUUGUAAUCUCUUGGUUCGAACAAGCCGCUGGAAUUGGGUCUGCAAAAACCUACACAGCACUAGCACUUCAGACGAUCUCGAAGCAAUUCAGGUGCCUAAAAGACGCGAUUAUGGGACAGAUUAAGACUGCAAGCAGGAGCUUAGGUGAAGAAGACAAUUUCAGUGGUGGAAAGACUGAUGGUGGGUCAAGGCUGAAAUUUGUAGAUAAUCAGAUCCGGCAACAGAGGGCUUUACAGCAACUGGGAAUGAUCCAACAUAAUGCUUGGAGACCACAAAGAGGAUUGCCUGAGCGUUCUGUUUCUGUUCUUCGUGCUUGGCUUUUUGAACAUUUCCUCCACCCAUAUCCUAAGGAUUCAGACAAACAUAUGCUUGCAAAACAAACAGGUCUUACUAGGAGUCAGGUUUCGAAUUGGUUCAUAAAUGCUCGAGUGAGGCUGUGGAAGCCGAUGGUGGAGGAGAUGUAUUUGGAGGAAAUCAAGGAACAAGAACAGAACAGAUCAGAUGAAAACAAAAUGAGCAAAAGCGAACAAAGCGAAGAGAAUUCAUCAUCCAAGCAGGAGAAAAGUCUGUCACCGGAGAACUCAAAAAGAGGAUUCAAAUCCAACAAUCUGGAGAAUUCUUUUAUUCACGCAGACCAAAACAAUCACCCUCCACCGCAAAUGUCUGUUUCCACAGGCGUCUCAACAUCUCCUGCCGCCACCGGAAUCAACUUCCAAAACCCUUCUGGUUUCACCCUCAUUGGCUCCUCACAGAUGGAAGGAAUCACACAAUUCAGCCCCAAGAAACCAAGAAACAGUGAUAGGCAGCAGACUUCAGAUGUAGGUUUUACGCUAAUGAGCAACCCAACUGAUUUCAUGGGCAGUCUAGGUGGUUAUCCAAUUGGGGAAAUAGGGAGGUUUAGCGCUGAGCAAUUCCAAGCACCAUAUUCAGGAAAUGGAGUCUCUUUGACUUUAGGUCUCCCACAUUGUGAUAAUCUAUCAAUGUCCGGAUCCCACCAGAAUUUCCUCCCUAAUCAAAACAUUCAACUCGGUAGAGGAGUGGAACUAGAUGAAUCCAACGAGUUUGAAGCUAUGAAUCAACAAUCUUCUUCACACUCUGCAGCCAUGUAUGAGACCAUGAACAUUCAGAACCAGAAAAGGUUUGCAGCACAACCUUUGCCGGACUUUGUUGCUUAAGAAAAACAAGAAAGAAGAAGAUUCACCUUAGAACAGGUCUAUACUUUGAAGAACAAGACCAUUGGAGUUCUUUAUAGAUAUAGAUUAGGUUUUCUAGAUUAUAUGGAUGUAUAUUAAUUUUGUACCAGCAGAUGGAUAGAAUGGAUUGGUAUAUCGUAUGUAUCAUGUAUGUAUGUAAAACUAGCUAUAUCUUUGGAUGGGGGGUAUACAAAAGAAAUAUUUAUAAUUAGUCAUCAUCUUCCUUCAGUUAUUAAAUGAGUGUUCUAACUUAGAU